CAAGUGUCCGAGGUCUGAGUGGCUGGUUACGGUAAGCUCUGGUUGGUCAAUCGCGGUUCGUGGGCGGAGUGUAGAGCAGGGUUAAUUGGAUGGAAACCGUUCUCCGCCGCACACUACUGAUACUUUGUAGCGAUGCAGUCAACAGCAUGGUUUAUCUGACGACAUGGUGGGUGUGUUCUUUGCUGACAAUUAGUGUUUGGUUUCACAUUAUAUUCGUUCGGUCAACAUGCUGAACAAGGGUGUAUCCGGCGACCACCAUUUUUUUUUUCGUAAAUAGAGUGAUAUUAUAGUACCUGUGUGCAGCAACAAAAUUGACCGCUUAACAUAUUUGAUUAUUACGCCAAGUGCAUGAACUGGGAUGUCUGCAACGGACUGGUACGCGCACAAAUCCAUCGGAGAAGGUCUGUACUGGAUCCAGGAGAAGUUUUUUGAAUCGUCAAACAGAGCAAAUAUUUGGCUCCUUCGAGGAUCUCACCAAGAUGUAGUGAUAGACACAGGCUUGGGGUUGAGGAGUUUACCAGAUUACAUUAACACCAAAGGUCUGCUUGGAGACGACCCGCAGCGAAAGAACCCCAUUUUGGCGAUCGCCACCCACGCCCACUUCGACCACUCAGGUGGUCUGCAUCAGUUCGAACAGGUGGGAGUCCACAGUGCAGAGGUCGAUGCACUGGCCAACGGAGACAACUUCGAGACCGUCACGUGGCUGUCCGACAGAGAGAUAGUCCAGGCUCCCUGGCCAGGAUGGAGGGCCAGAGAAUACAGAGUCAAGGCUGUACAACCAACACACAUACUACAAGAAGGUGAUGUCAUCAACCUAGGCGACAGGCAGCUGAAGGUACUACACAUGCCUGGCCACUCCCGGGGCAGCAUCUGCCUGCACGACGGGGACAACAAGAUGCUGUUCAGCGGGGACGUGGUCUAUGACGGAGCCAUGAUCGACUGGCUGCCCACCAGCCGGGUCAGCGACUACGUCAGUAGCUGUGAGCGCCUGGUGGGGCUGGUGGAUAGUGAGCAGGUGGACCAGGUAAUGCCGGGACACUAUCACACGUUUGGUGCGAAACGGCUCCACCACAUCGCUUCGGGGUACAUCGACAGAGCCGGCACCUGCCCGGCACGCUUCUCCACGUUUGCCUGGAGGACCUUGGCCGGAUUGGUGCUACGGGCGUCCAACACACGUGGCAUCUGCUAGCCACAUGAAGAGGCUGGCACCCCCAGGUUGAAUCUUUUGCAGAGUUAGACUGGGGGAUGUGAGGAAGAUAAUUCACCCCCUCAAUUAACAGGAUUUCCUUGUACUGUCUAUUAUAAACUGAUGUGAUCCAAUGUAUGUUAUUUUAAAUGAUUCAUCAAAAUGCCCCCAUUGAAUUACAUCAGGCAAUGAUUGACAGAAUAUUGAGAUUCCCAUUAUUACAGGAUUCAUUAAAGACUGGAAAAUAAACCUUGUUUAUUAUGUAAUAAGAUAAAUAUUAAGUUGUGUGAUCGUUGGAAUGCUCUUUCCCAUGAGACAGCCUCUCAUAUGGCAGUGUUUCUUAACCCCAGUACCUCGGGAGUCCCCACAACAACUCAAGCUCUUGAUCAUUAGUUGAGUAAUUGAAUCAGGUGUGCUAUCGCUGGGCUAAAACAUAUUUAAGAAACCUUAGGGAGGCCCGCUUGGACUGGAGAUGAAUAACAUAGUUCCCUUAGGGGACACAAUGUGACAGCACAACACCUACACAGACAGACACAGACAGACAGAGGGCAUGACUCAUCAGUAUCUUUUCUAACCUUGUCCCCAGGCUAAGACGGAGGGAGACAGCCAGCUGGUGGAGGAAACCUAUAUAUUUUCUAACACUAGUCUUGGGCGGGCCACCUAAGUUUUUUUCCGGUCCGCCUAUGAAUAAAAACAAAAAAAAAAUUUUCGGGGUGGAUUUUUGUCAGUGUUAUCUAAUAUUUAUAUAUUUAUUAAUUCCAUUAUUCUACUUUUAGAUUUGUGUGUAUUGUUUUUAGAUACUACUGCACUGUUAGAGCUAGGAACACAAGCAUUUUCUCUACACCCGCAAUAACAUCUGAUAAAUAUGUGUAUGUGACCAAUAAAACUUGAUUUAAUUUAAUUGGCUAAAACCAGAUAUAAAGUAUGUAGAAAAGAUAAUGGGCCUAUAUAUUUAUAAAUAGGAUUAUCUUUGAGAACUAACAAUCACUGAAAUAAAAGCUAGACCGUUAGGGAGAAUAAAAAAAAUAUAAAUAAAUGAAUGGAUUUUGUUGUUUGAGUCACUCAGAUAGCAUUAACCAUGGCAAAAUGUGUAGAAUUGUAGGACAUUUUCUUAAAAAAAAGAAGAAAAGUCAGCCUCAUUGCAAAAUGUGUAGAAUUGCAGGAACUGCUUUAGAACAGCUACAUUUAGUCACUGGGGCCAACAGGAGAUCCUCUAAGUAUUUGUUAGUUCUCAAAGAUAAUAAAGUUCUUGCAAUUCUACACAUUUUGCCAUGGUUUAUGCUAUCUGAGUGACUCAAACAACAAAAUACAUUCAUUUAUUUGUAUUUUUUUAUUCUGACUGUCUAGUUUUUAUUGUGUGGUCUUUUACUUUCAACACUGUGAAAAGGGCAUUUUCAACAAGCACAAAUUCCCAUUGAAAGAUUCAUGUGACAGUUUGGCUGCUUCCCAAUUCUUUACCCCUUUCCCAAAGUGUGCACUUUUACACUUCACAUCAUAGAUUUAACAAUGGUGGAAACUGUCUAACAAAUGAUUUUACCAAUCCACAAUUAUUUUAAAUCCAUGACUGUUAAUGUGUGGAAGUGCACACUGGGAAACGGGUGGAUAAUCGCGACGCAGCCUUGAAUUCCGUGUGCAGAGAAUGUUCGUGAUAACGAGGUCAAUGGCUCUUGGAGUACAUUCAGACUUCAACUUUAAAUGGAUGAAAUAUUAAUUCAGUCUCUAAACUAUAUAAAAAAACUACUUUGGCAUGCACCCGUUUUAUUAUUUAUUUGGAAUAAAGUGUGUGGACAUGCUCUGUAAAUAGAAUGGGACUAUGUUGACAUAAGUUUUUGGUCAACUGACAGAGUUUGUCAACAUUGACAAAAAGCACAUGGUGUUUGAUCCGAGGGUGAUGUUUGAUUUAGAGUUAGUGGAUGGACUUAAUCCUCGUGCCAUUUCUACUGGGAUUAUACGAUGUAUAUAACUUCCACUAAAAGGAGAGAUAUGACAGAAUAAAUAAUCCAAGGCUGUUUCUGAAUGGAUAAAUCAUUUAUUGUUAUGUUAAUCCAGUAUUUAAAACAUGACAGAGUUCUUAUUGCUUUCUCCCCCAGGAUGACGUGCAUGCAGACAGUCUGCUAACACAAGACAGUCUUGCAAGGUUAACAUUCAAUGUUAUCUAUUAGACACAGUUAUA